CCAUCAGCGUACGCCACGGGACUGCACGGUACCCCUCGGGAGUGCUGUGCUGCCGGGUUACUGCGGGAGUAGUUCGACCGGAGGAGAAAGGGCCAUGUUCGGAGGUUGUCGGCAUGUUGCAGGCCCUCCACUGUCCUACACUACGACAUGGCAAAUCAGAAUCUGGCACGCUUACAGUAGUCUCUCGCUUCUUGCGUGCUUUGCCUUGUUUGUCGUCAGGGCAGCUGGUCGAGGCGAUUCGACUGUGGUCCGGGCCCCUCGGAGUUCCAGAUGCUUCGCUUGCCCGGAAGAGCGAUGCUCCCUUGCGAUGCUGUCUGCAUCAGGGGACAGGGUCACCGACAUCAUACAUGUCCGCUCGGGGGUGACACGGCUAUAAUAGGCCUGCGCUCACUCUCCCAUUUUGACAGAGGACGUUCACAUCAUCCAUCCGAACAUCGUCCUCCGGUAGUCUUCGGCCUUGGUG